UCGUUACAGCGGCGGCGUUUGUCGGUGUUCUCCGCCCUGCUUCUCUUCGGCGUCUUCGGGGAAUCUGGGGCGUGGGGAGUGGUUUUGGCAGGGAAGACAGCGCCCCCCCUUCCCUCUUUUCCAACAGGCGGAGGCGCGUUUGCGGUUGGGGAAGCGUAUCGAAUCCGGCCUCCGGCGUCAACUGUAAAACCGUUUGGGUUGGUGCGGCGUGGUUUUCUUUGCCGCGUUAACGGGGAAGACCGUUGGCACCCUCCCUUUCCGAGGGGGGCGGGGAGCACUUCGUAAACUGAAUUAAGGAGAGGAUCUGAGGAGGGUUGUAGGCUGUCGAAACCCUUGUGCUCCCCACUCAGGAGAUGGCCCGGGCCAUCUGGGCGUCGUGGUUUUCUCAUCUCUAACCGAUCUUUCUCCACAGGUUCAUGGAGCCAGAGAAGGAAAGGACCGAGAGGACCCCCAAGAAGGGCAGGAAGAGGAGGCGGGUCCCGAAUAAGCUGGUCGGGGCGUCAGAGGUGAUGAGAGACCGUUGGGAUCUUGAGGAGAGGCAGCAGCCCGAGGCCAAGAAAGCCUGCUUAUCUACCAUUUUACUUUCUGAUACCCGUGAAAUAACUCAUGGCCAGCUAUGUGAAUUGCUGAAGUAUGCAGUUCUGGGCAAAUCCAGUGUUCCUAAACCUAGCUGGUGCCAACUUUUUCACCAAAACCACCUGAACAACGUGGUGGUUGUUAUACUGCAGGGAAUGAGUCAGCUACACUUUUACAGGUUCUAUUUGGAGUUUGGGCUUCUCCGAAAGGCAUUCAGACACAAGUUCUGCUUGCCUCCCCCAUCAUCUGAUUUCCUAGCUGAUAUCACUGGGCUGCAAAAGAAACAAAUAAUUGGGGAUCUGCCUAAAGGAAUGGAAGGGUCUUUACCUUCUUCCAGCUCAGAAGUCAGCAUCAACCUGCAGAAUGACCCCAUCGUUAAAAAGUAUGGCUCUAAGAAAGUAAGCUUGACCAGAUGCCUUCUCACAAAGGAGGAAAUGAAAACAUAUCAUUUUCCGUUACAAGGUUUUCCUGACUGUGAAAACUUUGUGCCUAUAAAAUGUUGUGGUUCUAUAACCAACAACAGUCCUCUCUUUGGGCUUGACUGUGAAAUGUGCCUGACAUCCAAGGGGCGAGAACUAACACGCAUCUCACUGGUUGCUGAAGGAGGCUGCUGUGUUAUGGAUGAACUUGUUAAACCUGACAACAAGAUUGUGGACUGCCUCACCAGUUUCUCAGGAAUCACAAAGAAGAUUCUUAACCCAGUGACAACCAAACUCAAAGAUGUACAGAGACAGUUAAAAGCACUGCUUCCUCCCAACGCUGUGUUAGUGGGCCACUCCUUAGACUUAGAUCUCAGAGCACUGAAAAUGAUACAUCCAUAUGUUAUUGAUACAUCAUUGCUUUAUGUCAGAGAGCAGGGCAGAAGAUUUAAGCUCAAGUUCUUAGCCAAAGUUAUUUUGGGGAAGGAUAUACAGUGUCCAGAUAGGUUUGGUCAUGAUGCCACAGAAGAUGCUAGAACAACCCUUGAAUUGGCUCGGUAUUUCCUCAAAUAUGGCCCAAAGAAGAUUGCAGAACUAAAUCUGGAGGCACUAGCUAGUCACCAAGAACUAGAAGCAGCAGGCCUAGAGCCGAGAAAUACAGCAGAAGUAGUGCAGCAGCUAAACACAAGUGUUUUAGAAUGCUUGGACUCAGUGGGCCAGAAGCUGCUUUUCUUGACUCGGGAGGCAGAUGCUACUGAACUUUCUUCUUCCAAAAACUGUCAAACUAUUAAGUGCUUGUCAAAUAAAGAGGUUCUUGAGCAGGCUAGAGUGGAAGUCCCCCUGUUUACCUUCAGCAUCAUGCAGUUCUCUCUUGAACCCUUUCCACCCAACCUCAGUGAGGAGAUGAGCAAAAGAAUGAAGAUCAAGUGGAUGGAGAUGUCAACUGUCUAUGCUGGGCCGUUUAGCAAAAAUUGUAACCUUAGAGCUCUGAAUAGGCUGUUUGAGAGUUUUGGUCCAGUCCUGUCAGUGACUCUUACUCUUGAAUCCCAUCAGCCACAUCUCUGUAUACAGUACGAAGUCCUGGAAGGUGCCCAGCUGGCCAUAGAGUCCUUGGAUGGCAGCCUGGUGGAGGGUACCUGCAUCAAGGUGCAGAGGCCUGUGACAGAGCUCACCCUUGAUUGUGACAUCCUUGUGAAUGAGCUGGAACAAGAUUCUGAGAACCGAGGUACUAUAUACCUGUCUGGAGUGAGUGAAACCUUCAAGGAACACCUGUUGCAACAGUCCAGCCUCUUCCUGGGCCUGGAAGCUCUGAUCUUGCCUAAAGAUCUUAAAAAUGGAAAGCAGAAAAACUACUGUUUCUUGAGAUUCAAAACUUUUGGCAGUGCCCAUAGGGCCCUUGGCAUUCUCACAGGCAAGAACUGGAAGCUGAAAGGCAGGCAUGCCCUAACCCCCAGGCACCUCCAUUCAUGGCUCAGGGGCUUACCUCCUGAAUCAAGGCCCCCAGGGCUUCGUGUCAUACCUCCUCCCUCGGAGCAGGAGGCCGUGCAGAUGCUGAACUUGGACCACCCAAAGAUAGCAGCCUGGCACUGGGGCAGGAAGAUAGGAAAGCUCUACCACAGCCUGUGCUCAGGCACCCUCUGCCUCAUCCUGCUGCCAGGAACUGAGAGAAACAAGGCUUAGAGAUGUUAAGUGGCUCAUCCAAGGUCAAGUGGCAAGCCGAUGGUAAAGUUCAAAUGCAAACCCAGACUCCAGGCUGAAGCUCUUAACCAGCGCACUAUGAACACCUGAAUCUUUGAAGUCACACUGAAAGGAAACGUGAUUUCUGUAUAUCUGAUUUCCUAUAAGUGAGCUCCUUUCUUGCAUUAGGGAGCUGUAGAGGUAGUGCACCUGUUAAAUUCAAUAUAUAACACAUUCUAGGAGUGCCAUUUCAUACUGAUUGAGGGAAGAGUUUGCUCCUUGUAAUCUGAAGCUAUGCAAUUUGCACUCUCUUGACACACCCCCCAAAAAAACCUCCAUCAAAUUAACAGUAAAUGCAUAGUUACUUAUCAUCUAAAUCAACUUUAGGUAACCUUAUUCCUACUUAUGGGAUGCAAAACUGGAGUAUUAAUGUGAUGUAAUACAAAAUAUAUUUGGUCUUUGUCCCCAGUUCCUACCAGAGCUCCUAAAACCCUUGAAAUUUCCUUACUGAUAGGCUCCUUUGUUUUUCAUAAGGAGCAGGGUUUGGACCACAUCUGAGUUUAUGCUAAGAGGUGACUCAGGGUGGGCCCUUUUGAUAGUUUUAAGAGAGAUGCUGGCCACACUAGAAAGACCAGGCACAUGACUGGAACUUUCAGGCCCACCUCCAGCCCAUAAGGAAGGGAAGGGUAGUUGAAGUUUCAUCACCAAAGGCCAAUGCUUUUAUCAAUUUUGCCUACACAAAGGAACCUCAACUGAAAUUGAAACAAGGCUAGGGGAGCUUCAGGGUUGGUGAACACAUUGAUGUGCUGGGAGGCUGGCAUGCUCAGAGGGGACACGGAAGCUCUGUGCCCCCAAUUCAAAU